UAAACUCUUGUAUAUUUUCACCUACUAACCUUUUGUUUUCUGGGAAGAAAAAUGGCAGUCAUUGAAAUAAACACAAAGAGCUCUCUGCAUCUUCGCAGCAACAGCUUACCCUCCGCACCUCACCCUCUUGUAUCACAAUUGGAGGACAAUUUGCAUAGAUUGAAGACAUCAGAAGGUGCCUCUUCAGCGUCAUCAUCUUUGAUAUGCAACAAACUAAAUGGCAUGCAAGAUUUGCAUGACUGCAUUGAUAAGUUGCUUCAAUUGCCGAUUCAACAACAAACCUUAGUACAAGAAUGCAAUGAAAAAUGUGUCGAUGAGCUACUAGAAGGAUCACUUAGGAUCUUGGAUAUCUGUAGUAUAGCUAAGGAUUUCCUUUUGCUAUCAACCGAAAACAUCCAUGAACUACAAUCAAUAAUCAGAAGAAGGAGAGGCAAUGAAACUGGAUUCACAGUUGAGGGUGCCAAAUACAUGGCUUUUAGGAAGAACAUGAAGAAGCAAAUCCGAAAGAAGUUGGUAAAUUUGAGGUCAUUGAAGAAUGAUUUGAUUUCUUCUUCCUCAAACAACAAAGAAAACAACUCUUUGCCUAUGCUUCGAUUCUUGAAAGAAGCAGAAGCAGUCACCCUAAGCUCACUAGAACAUUUGUUGCUAUUUAUCUGUGAUCCAAAAGGGCACUCAAAGAAUGGAAGAUGGUCAGCAAUAUCCAAGUUGAUGCAUUCUAAAAGAGUAGUUUGUGACUCUCAAGAUUCAGACACAAAUGAAUUUGAGAAAGUGGAUGCAGCUUUGUCGUCUCUCAUCAGCCACAAGUCUUUAUCUACUGAAAAUUGUCCUAUGGAAGAUUUGGAGAUGUGCAUUCAAGAUCUAGAAAUAGGAGUUGAACAAAUAUCAAGAAAAUUAAUUAGAAAUAGAGUUUCACUUCUUAACAUAUUCAACCAUUAAUCAUAGUGUCUAUAUGAUUUGUGUGCACUCAAUUUUCCCCCAAGAGUGUUACACAAUUGUACAUG